UUUACAAAUUACUCUUUCUUUCACUAUCAUCAUCUUUCUUCAUUACCAAGACAACCACAAAAGCAUUUACAACAACAUGCCUAGGGGUCGACCACUUUCUUUGCAGACGGUGGAACUCAAAGUAAGGAUGUGUUGCCCAGGUUGCGAGAGAGUUGUCAAAGACGCUAUGCUCAAGCUUAGAGGGAUAGACUCAGUGGAGGUGGACGUAGAGAUGGAGAAGGUAACAGUGGUGGGAUACAUUGAUCGGAAAAAGGUGCUAAAGGCAGUGAGAAGGACAGGAAAGAGGGCAGAAUUCUGGCCAUAUCCUAAUCCACCAUUAUAUUUCACAUCCUCAAAUAACUAUUUCAAAGACACGACGAUAGAGUACAAAGAGAGCUACAAUUACUGGAGGCAUGGCUACAAUGCUACUGAAAAACAUGGCAAUUUACCUGUUAGUCAACGAGGAGAUGACAAAGUUAGCAACUUGUUUAAUGAUGAUAAUGUCUAUUCUUGUUCUCUCAUGUGAUGUAUAAGCAUUAUGUAUCUUAUAAGCUUAAUUAAUCUUAUGUGGAUUAGUAAAUUAUGCGUGUAAUCUGUGUAUUAUGUCAUCCCAGUUGUUGUCACCUUGCCUCUAGAAAUCAUCAUAUAUG